AUGCGUGAAGUGUACGACUUGAUAACCGCAUCGAAUGUUGGCUUUGAGUCGUUCGAAAAAAUCUCGAUUAUUAUACAGAAACGGUUAACCAAUGCGGGCAACUGGUUUCAGGUUGGAUCAGCGCUUGCUUUGCUACUGCUACAGAACGAUUUAACGUACCCGUUCGAUAGGCUAGCGGGCAUUUACGUGCUGUACGACAUCCGACGCAAAGAGCAAGCAGAAUCACCGUUUUACCUUUUUCUGGCCCGAUUUCUGGAACCGAUAGGUGGUGUUGGAGUGACGCCGGCCAACAACCGCAGGCAGAUGGUUGAGCUAAAGUUUAUACAUCUGCUGCUGUCUAACGGUGAUCCUGAGAUCGACAGGAAAACGCCGCGCAUGUUUUGUCAGGCUUUUGCCGCCCUACCGACCCCGGUCGGACCAGCGGAGAUUGCGUUCGUAAAGGCAAAGGUGACGGAGCGACUUAAAGACUUGCCGCUUACUGUACGAUCGAACGUUAUGAACGUAAUUCCAGCGAUACCGGUUCUGCCAGGGCGGGAACCGGCGCUAGAAAACCAUACCGGCCCAGCAAUUGCGGAGCUCAUCAACGGUAUGACACUGAACGCGAGCAAUCCCUUGACGAAUGCGCUUGGGCCAACGUUUAUGUCCGUCGCACCGCCAUUGCUGACGUGCGAGGAUGAACUGAUCUGGCUCGAUUUGGGCAGCCCAUCGUACCACAAACCGGUGUACAAUAGCUGUAGCGAUGCGGAACCAACACCGGACAAAUGUUUGCAAACGCUGCUCGAUCAAUCCUUCCGGCAAGCGUUAAGCAUUGCCGAUCAGCAAACGCUCGUGAAUGAACUGGAGAAGGACACGCAACAGACGCACCUGUCGUGCGUUACACCGGAAAAGCUCCCCAACUUAAUUGAGUACAAUCCAACGAUUGCGAUUGAAAUACUGAUGCGUAUGCUUAAAACACGCCACAUCGAUGCUUACCUGGACGUAAUCUUGGAGAUGGAACUGUCGCUCCAUUCGAUGGAGGUGGUUAAUCGGCUUACCACUUCCGUCGAUCUUCCGGUACAUUUCGUGCAUCUGUACAUUGUGAACAGUAUCGGUACCUGUUCGACGUUUCGGGACAAGUACAUGCAGAAUCGGCUGGUACGGUUGGUCUGCGUGUUUCUGCAGAGCUUGAUACGGAACAAAAUAAUCGACGUGAAGCAGCUGUACAUUGAGAUCGAAACGUUCUGUAUUGAAUUUAGCAGAAUACGGGAGGCGGCCGCAUUGUAUCGCUUGCUGAAGCAGCUAGAACUGGACCAGGGUACGGUGGCCGGUAGUUCCGGGACGGGGACGACCGCUAGCGUACAACAGUCACCGAAAGAAUCUUAA